UUUAGCAUUGGGUGACAGAGACUUCAGAGCAGCGCUGAGAUACCGAACCCAUGAUCUUUCUGCCUUUCAAACCAAAUGCCGUAGAGCUAAACGCCGGGUAUGGGGGUUGCAGGAAAUAUUAAAUGUCUACCGGACAAUGGGAGUUUCUUCUUAACGGAUUCCAGAGAGACUGGGACUCAAAUUGUCGGAGGAAGCGCCGCGCGCGUACCAAACAAAUGAACAAGCCUUUUUUUGUCCACGCGCUCAGGACCGAAUACAUUCUAUUGGCGCACAGUAUAACUAUUGUAGCGAUAGGUGAUUGAUAAGGCAAGUGUUUCCAGUCCAGACGAACACACUUUCAUAAGGCACAGCUGGUUGAGCUUGCUUGAACUGUUUUUUUGUUUUGUUUUUUUGCCAUCAUUUUUUAAAACUCAAGGCAGCUUAUUCCAAAUUACUUCUUGAAUUCUGGAUGGCUGUCUGAAGGGCAAUUGUACGGCUGCAGGACCAAACCGGGAAUGCCAUUUGUUCAGGAGCUGCAUAAACGAGCUUUGUUGCGUGGUGUAUUUAUUUUUUUUUCUUCGAGGACAGGUGCUGUUGUGUACGUUGUUUGGUUGGGGGUUUGUUCUCGGGUAUGGACAUACAAGCAGCGACACAGUUGUCUUAAGGAUGUCAGAUUAGGGAUCGGAUCUGCAAGGAGACAGGUGCGAUAGAGAAGAGUAGAUUUCAAACGGACCCCUCCUCUCUCAGUCAUUCUGGAUUAUAGUCCCGAGGUGGCGAGUCAUUCACAAAGAAUCGGACGCACCUUUUCCCGCGACUGUUAUCGUGCUCCGCUGUCAUGGCGAAGGUGGUCAAAUCUCUCAUCUGGCUCUUCUGGAUCCUGCAGUCAGUGUGUGCUGCCUUCCCUGAUGAACCGGGACCUCUGAACUUCAUUCCCACUGAAGUGGUGAGACGGUAUCCUGUGUUUCUGGGACGACCCCAUCGCUCAUCUCUUAGACAGGAACCCUUGCAUAUUCAGAGAAUCCUGCAGGUCAAUCGUACUCUUUACAUUGGAGCCAGGGAUGACCUUUUCCGUGUGGAGCUGGACAACGUGGUGGGAGAAGAGAUGUUUUACAGCAAGAAAAGAACAUGGGAAUCCAACAAAAAUGACAUCAGAAUCUGUAGAAUGAAGGGAAAGCACGAGGAUGAGUGCCGUAACUACAUGAAGGUUCUGCUCAGCCGGCAGGGAGGAUUGUUUAUCUGCGGGACCAACGCCUUCAAUCCAUUGUGUGCCAAUUAUACAGGAGACACUCUUGAGAUGGUUGGUGAAACGGUCAGUGGGAUGGCUAGAUGCCCUUAUGACCCUAAACAUGCCAAUGUGGCCCUGUUUGCAGAAGGCAAUCUCUACACUGCAACAGUGACUGAUUUCCUGGCCAUCGAUGCCGUGAUCUACAGGAGUCUGGGGGACAAUCCUGCUCUGCGAACAGUGAAACACGACUCCAAAUGGUUUAGAGAGCCAUACUUUGUGAGUGCUGUGGAAUGGGGGCCACAUGUCUACUUCUUUUUCCGAGAGAUGGCCAUGGAGUUCAACUACCUGGAGAAGGUGGUUGUGUCUCGUGUUGCGCGUGUUUGCAAAGAUGAUCAGGGCGGUUCACAGCGUGUGCUGGAAAAGCAGUGGACGUCGUUUCUGAAGGCACGGCUGAACUGCUCUAUCCCGGGAGACUCCCACUUCUACUUCAACCUCCUGCAUUCCACCAGUCCCAUCAUCCGCAUGCAUGGCAGAGACAUCAUCCUUGCUGUCUUCUCCACGCCGUCCAACAGUAUUCCUGGCUCAGCGGUGUGUGCCUUUGACAUGGAGCAGCUAGCUGGAGUUUUUGAUGGAAGAUUCAAAGAGCAGAAAUCGCCCGAGUCGAUAUGGACACCUGUUCCAGAUGAGGUUGUGCCCAAACCAAGGCCAGGCGGUUGUGCUAUACAGGGGUCUAAGUUCAACUCCUCCAACUCUUUCCCUGAUGACAUGCUGACUUUCGUCAAGACUCAUCCUUUGAUGGAUGAAGCUGUACCAUCAUUGGCCCAGAGACCCUGGAUCGUUAGGACAAUGGUCAGAUACCAGCUGAACAAAAUGGUGGUGGACACAAAUGCUGGUCCCUAUGGCAACCAGACAGUCCUGUUCCUGGGUUCCAGCCGAGGGACCAUCCUCAAAUUCCUCGUCACCCCCAACAGGGAUAACACCGUGUCCAGCAACAAUGUGUUCCUGGAGGAACAAGAAGGCUACAACCCCGACAGGUGUGGGCCGGACUCUCCUCAGGCCAGGCAGCUGCUCUCUCUUACCCUGGACCGCAUCAGUCACAGCCUGCUGCUGGCGUUCCCCUCCUGUGUGAUCAAAGUGCCUGUAGCACGCUGCCAGCUCUAUUCCCGCUGCAUGAAGAACUGCAUCGCCUCACGGGACCCCUACUGUGGCUGGACCAGAGGAAGCACCUGCUCUUUCCUCCGUGCGGGUACCAGGCUUCCCUUCGAGCAAGACGUCGAGCAUGGAAACACUUCUCACUUGGGUGACUGCGACGGUCUUCUCCAGGAGAGUUUCAUAGAGGAACCAGAUGGCUUGGUGUCGGUGAACCUGCUUGUGGUGUCUGCAGUUUCAGCAUUUGCCACUGGGGCAGCACUUUCUGGUCUAAUGGUGUGCUGGAUUAUGAGCCUCAAGCACCGCCAGCAUUCCAGAGGAGGUUCAUCUGGCUCAGGGAAUCGCAGCAAGAGUGACAAGGAGCAAAGUAUGCUAGGACAUCGCCGCAGUGGUUCUGUGAUCAGUGUGACACGCAUCAGUGGUGGCGAGCGACCUCGCUCGCAAGUGGAGACUAUGUUCUCCAAUGGUUGGCCAAAGUCUGGGGACAUAGACCCAGGACUACCCACUCCAGAGCAGACCCCUCUACAGCAGAAACGGCCCACACCCAACGUUCACCAUACGGACUGCGAUUGGGAUCAGACCCAUACUUUCCUGACCCAAACAGGGACACCCUGCCCAGUUAACUCUGCAGUCAUAUACCUGAGCUCCAAAUACCUGCGACAGGAGGGAUCAGGCGACGUUCCCCCUCAUUCAGAGCACCAGCGCUAUCUCAUCCUCUCCCACCCACCCAACCAAAGAGAGCAGGGCGGGCGACCUUCUGCCCCGUCAACCCGCAAUUCUGCUGGGGAGUACAACUAUCCAGCCACCCCUCAGGACUCCCCUGACCGUAGGAGGGUGGUGUCAGCGCCCACCACACAGACGGACUAUGGCGAAAAUCUGCGUUGGUCCCGCGACGGACUCAACUUUAAUAGCAACAACAAAACUCCUUCUGGCCACCACCCCUAUCCAAUUCAGCCGCGCACAAAUGCGGCAUUAGUGCGGCCAGGAUUUCACACCCAGCGGGGGCUCAAUGAGCUACAGGACUUUAGCCACCUGCUGGUGAAAAGUGUAAGUGAGCGCAAUCCUAACGGGCAAUGACUUUUCAGGCCUGUUCACACCCUUCAGAAUACCAUCACCCUCAAGACUCAGACAAGACUCACUGUCCUUCUGUAAUCCUGCCCUACCUGUCCUCUCUUACUGCCAUCCAGUGUCUUUAAUCCCCCCAACCAGUGGCUGAGCUCUAGGACUACAGAUGUGACAAAUCAGCCAGAUAUUACACGGGUAAGAGAGAACGAGAGCGUUAAUGGUUGAUUGUGUUGAAGCUGCAGCCCUCAAGGCUGCUCACCCUCCCGCAGCACUUUGCAAGUUAGCACAUUAGCGGCUUCUAUCACAUUCUGUCUAAUGAAAUGGAAGGAUUGCUUAGAAAUAUGUGUCAGGUGAUGGGAGGAGAAAUACGACAUCAUCAUAAUCCAGCGAAUGGCUAUGUUUACUCUUUAGCAAACACAAGCAGACGCGGAUUGUCUCUCUUUGUAAUUUUACGUCCUGUUAACCAUUUGGUGGGUAUGAUCGUUUUCGUUUUCACAGAAAACGUUUUUAUUUGCUUUACGUUUGUACCUAUGGACAACAGGCCACUAUGUGCGUCCUGGGGCCUUUGUCAGAUAAACUCUGACAAACUUCCUUGUGUUUGUUUGUGUGAGUAUGUGCCAUGCCAAAACUGGGUUUAGCCUGAAAAAUGUGUUCAUAGGUCAGACUUAAUUUGAACACAAAAACUCACAUGGUCGACCGACACUCAAGAUUCAUAAAUGAUUUGCCUGAUCUGAUGUCAACUGUCUGUGUCAGAAAGCAAUCAAGACAACUGCCAUGUGACUUUAUUGAAAGACCUGUGUGCUGUUUUAUCAGAUGCAAGCGGGUGAAGAAGAGCGUUAGCCAACAAUCAUGGAUGAAUCAACCCAUGCUUUCUGGACACCAGCAUUAGCAGCACAGUAAGCUGCUGUUGAUUGAAAAAACAGGGAAGCACUGUGGAAAUGAGUAUUAUUGUGCACAGGGAGAUACUGUAUGUUAUUGGGUGGACAAUUUAUUUUGCUUUUCCAAAACCUAGUUUCAAGUAAACAUUUUUUUUUUUUUUUACCCACACAUUUGAAAGACAAUUAAAUUAGGGGCCUUCACACUAAAUGUGUUAUUGCAACCAUCCACACCGGUUUACCAUCGUUUUUCUAUGUAAUAAUGUGCUAGAUGGACGUCUUCUCCAGAUGCCUAGAGUCUGUAAUAUUCUAUCAUUUUUAGCACAAGAACAUGUUCAUUCUGAACGGCCCCGUAGCGGAGCAUCUGAAACAGUUUCUCUGUCUCUGUUUGGCCUGACUUUGUUCUCUCUGCAGUCCAUUGACUAGAAUGUGAGCAUGGUUGUCUGGGCAGAGUCAGGCCACUAGGGAGCUGCAUUCAGAGUGUCUCAGUGACAGUGGACCUCUUUGUGCAUCCCAGCCAGAGAAGACCAUCCCAACAACAAAUAUCCAUUAAGAGUCAUGGCCUCAGAGAGACAUCGGCCCAGCCCAGGAGAAUGCCAAUGAGGAGCCAGACAGAUCAGACCCCUCUGGGUCCCCAUUUACUGUAAGUUUUCACAAGCCACAGAAUCAUGGGGCAGAUUGAAUACAAUGUUACAUUUAGAUGGAGAGCAAAGAAAAAAUCAAACCUUCAUGGCUCCCCAUGGCAUUAUGCCCGUUUCAACCAUUGUUCAGGAUCCUCUGGCUCUCUUUGGAUUGGUGUUUGUUUGUUUCAGGGUUGUAAACCCCACAGGAGGCAUGAAAGAAAAAGUGAACUAUUCAAUUCAUUCACCUCUCACUGAAUUACAUUAUCUCUGCUUUCUUCCCAUGGGGCACCCAUAAUUCACCUAGAGUUACACCAAUGUCUCCACUAGAGGGCAGUCAAGCACAGUAAGUGGCUUCUUAAAGGGAUAGUUCACCCAAAAUUGAAAAUUCUGUCAUCAUUUACUUCGUCAUGUUGUUGUUCCAAAUCCAACUUUUUCUCUUCAGUGGAACACAAAAUAAGAUGUUGGGCUUUCAUUGUAUGGAACAAAAAUGCAAUGAAAGUGAAUUGUGUCUAAGGUUAACAUUCUGCCUAACAUCUUUUGUGUUCUAUGCAAGAAAGAUAGUCAUACAGGUUAGUAACAAUAUGAGGGUGAGUAAAUGAUUAAAGAAUUUUCAGUUUUGGAUGAACUUUUCCUUUAACACUUAAUGCCUGAGAGGGUUUGACUUUGACAUGUCAGCGCCUAACAUCUCAUGAUAAUACCCCUCAUCCAGUAAUCAAUAACAUUUUUCAGUUAUAAAGCCUCUGUUAGAAAACAGGUUGUGUUCCAACUAAAGAGUCUGGUGUAUUGUCAGAGAGAUGAUUAUGAUAAAAAAAAAAAAAAAAAGGGAGUGCGUUCUUAUUUUAAUGCAGAGGUAUAGAGCCGCAGAACAGUAUAAGAAAUGAAUGAAGUAUAUAAUUCAUAGGUUUUAAGUGCCAGUGUAUUGAAUGAGUUCUAAGUUACAACUCAGUAUGUAAAUACUUUACACGAUACAACAGUUUUGACACUGUUGUUUUUGAACUGUUACGCAGCUUCUCUGUUGAUAUUUACUAUUCAACUCUUGUGCCCUCAAUCGAAUGCUUGCAACACCCUUAAACGCACACAGACAAACCCCUCAGUGAAGUUCUCUACGUGCUGAAAAAAAUCUGCUCACCCAUGCCUGCUCUCGCCCUCCCUCCCUCUCUUUGGCUUUUUCACUCUAUUGCACCAUUAGGCCGAACAUGCAUGAUAAAAGUCUAUGUUGGCUUGAUAAGGCCUAGAGAUGAUCAUGGGAGACGUGGAUGUGCAGAGAUGCAGGCACCCACUUGAUUACUCACAGUUCUUUAAAGCCAGAUUUUAAAAAAGCAAUUACAUUAGAUGUGCGCUGUACAACGGCAAGCAAGAAAGAGAAGGCAUUAAAAACAAGAAAAGCAGCACAUCCAAUCCAAGUCAUCUUCCAUAAGAUUUUAUUACAUUCCAUAAUGUAACAUUACCUAGAAUAACCCUAAACCCUAGGAACAACCAACAAAUCAGCGUCAGAAAUUAUUUUUACAUUAAAGGGAAUAGAGGAUUCACCUGAAAAUGAAACUUACCCUCAAGUUGUUCCAAACCCGUAUGACUUUCUUUCUUCAAAAGAAAAGAAAGGGAGACACAGGCAUAUGAUAGAACAUUAUGAAAUACAUAUGAUGUAUCAAAAACAGAAGAAUUCACUACACACAUUUUAAAUAUACGUGCCAUUUUUCUCAUUUACAGUGGCAUUUUCACCCCAAUCUCGAGUUAAUUUCUGACCCUGCACCAAACACAGUUUAUUCUUGAGCAGCUCUGUACACAUUUGUGUGUGUGUGUGUGUCUAAAAACUGCCUGGGUUAAUUCACAAUAUAUAUAAAAAAAGAAAAAAAGCCAAUGAAAUGGAGUUAAUUUGCUGUGGAGCUCUAUAAAGUGUGUUUCCUCUUAAAGAAAAUAAAUGAGAAUUGUUUCACUGUUUUUCUAUGUUGUAACCCUCUCAAGCAAGAAAUAGAGCCAGACUUAAAACUCUGCCGUCGUUUUGUUUGGGCAGAAAUAUAUCUAGUUUUAGAAAGCAUACUCUCCAUUUUCUAAUAAAAAUGCUGUCCAUGAACAAUACAGACAGUUUGCCUGGGGCAUUCUCAUUGUCAGAAGGGCUUUUUUUUUUUUUGCUUUGCUUUGUCUUUGACAGUCCUGAUUUUUACGUGCCCCCAGCCACAAAAUGCCAGAACUAAUGGGCCACCCUUAAAGAGAAUGUGCGAAUACAACAAAAUAAAUAGUUUGUUUAAAAAUGACAUGCUUUCACUCGGCAAAACCUGACAUCUGACAACAAGCACAGAGUCUGCAUUUUUGUAAAACUGUAGAGAAUAUAUUAGCCAGCAAUGAUAUCUUCAUUUUUAUAUUUGUUUGUUUGUUUUUGUGGUAAUGUUUUAGAUUUAUGGUUUAUGAUUUCACGCAAGUGAUUUGAUUUGCUCUCUGGUGUGUGAAGUUUUUGGAUGAUGGCAAUGAUUACAAUUUUGCUGUGACUGUGACCUGAAUUUCAGUGUUUGAUCCUGGUUUAUGAACUUUGCAAUGCGAUUUUCUUGAAAACCGUACAGGAGACGUUUCUUCUGAAAGAGAGAGAAGGAAAGAAACGUUUUGCAAAAGAGCCAAGUCUUCUGUUAAAUGUGAUGGACUUCUGUUUUGUCUCAUGCUGGAGGCUGUUUGUGUUAUUAGGUUCAUUGUCAUUAAAUGACAAGUCGUGUCCCCUUCAGUGUACAUACAAAUUUCAGUGCUUAAAUUUAAUUUAAGUGAACUAUCUGCAUGAACACAGCCUCGGUCUGAAUCCACAGACGUAGUGUGUACUUCUGCACAACAUGCUACUGUGUGCCCUAAUAUUCUCCACCAAUCAGACAGUCACAUGCAUGCUUUUGAAAUCAACAGCACAAUUGCACACAAAAGGACAUAAACACGCACACACAAAAGAGAUCACUCACACAAACACAUACCUACACACAUUUUUGCAUUUGACAGCUCAUUGUCCUCAGUUCUGGCUGUCAUUGAGCAUGGAGACUGUGCUCUGUUUUAUCAUUUCCUGUUCUAAUAAACCAUCAAGAUCCUGA